AUGUUUCCUAUUGCUCCUUAUUUACCUCGCACGAGUCCAGCACUACCUACAACAACUUCUAUGGUUACUACAAAGAAAAUUAAAAAACCAAACAAAUAUGUUUCAAGUAAUCUCGCUGCCUCUUCUCGUCUUGGUAAUCAUCUAUUCGAGCUGUCGGCUCUUCUCGCGAUUGCUCGAAAACUAGAAAGAAUCCCAACGUUUUUUAUUAUCGAUCAUCAUUAUGAUCAAAUGUUAAAAGAUACGGAUUUUGUGAUCCCCGGGCUGCUAGAUCACUUCUUAAUAAUCAAUGAAAGCGUGCCUGUAUCUAUAACUCCAACCGAUUUCCAGUUAAAGUGUUGCAUGUGGGAUGAUCCAGACAGACUGAAAAACAUAACAGAUGAAUAUAUUCAUAUACGAGGUACACAUUAUCAGAGUUGGAAGUUUUUCCCUCGGCUUCGAAAUGAGCUGAUGGGCUAUUUGAAAACAACUAAAAACAAAUUUCCCAACCUGCCCAAGUCCAGCAGCAACACAUUUGUAACAUGCGUCCAUAUAAGGAGAACAGAUUUUGUGGGCUCCGGUUUUCACGUUCCGGAUGAGAAAUUUAUUUUGAGUGCUAUGCAGUUUGUUGAGCAGAAAGGUUCUUACAAGUUAUUGCAGAGUUAA